GUAAAUCAUUUAUUACACAAAAGAACGCGUAGUAUCGCAAUAAGUAUCUUCUAAUUUAGUUAGUUAUGUAUUAAAAUUAUCUUUAGUCAAUAUGGCAUUCUUAUGUCCAGUGAGAAUAAGACGGGGGAAGAAAAAGAAAUCAAGCAGUGGAGACUCAGACAAGGAUUUGUCCAGACCAGGCUCAGGGCUCAGCCCUGGCAUGGGCCGGAUCACUGGAUCAGCAAGUAUAGAGACCUUAGUGAGAGUUGGUAUAGAGAAGGAACAUGGUCUAAGUCCAGAUUCCAAAAUGGUGGUGCUGCAUGAUUUCGCACCCUGCGUCGAUGAUGAGUUAGAGGUAAAACGCGGUCAAAUUGUAAAUGUAUUAUAUCGAGAAAAUGAUUGGGUGUAUGUGAUAGUGGCAGAGUCACGGAGGGAGGGCUUCAUACCUCACUCGUACUGUGCCCCCUGCGAGCACCAUGACUUGAAGAAGAAACUACCGAGGAGCAGGUCACCAGCUGAUAUACAACACAGAGAUGUUUCACAAUUAUCAGUCUCAGACGGUGCAACAAACGAUGGGCACUCGGAGCUGGGCAGCGAGGGUGAAGCAUGUCCGUUCAGCAAAGAUCCCUCGGGCAGAUAUGUGGUGCUCUACACUUUCACUGCCCGGGACGAGAAUGAUGUUGAUGUUGAGAGAGGGGAGUUUGUUACAGUUUUGAACAGAGAAGACCCAGACUGGUACUGGAUUGUGCGAAGUGAUGGACAGGAAGGUUUUAUUCCUUCUGGAUUUGUGUAUCCUGCUGUGGUACAAGCGAACCAGCAAGACAACCCGCAGCCGCCACCCCCACAGCACUCCCCACCGGCCAACCCCAACAGUACCGUGAUGUCCGCCGGCACCAACAACACGCACAACGACGGCCGCUACCACGGCACGGAGCUAGUCAUGCUGUACGAUUAUAAGGCGCAGGCGCCGGACGACCUGUCGGUGAAGCGCGGCGAGUGGGUGUACGCCGACCUGACGCAGCAGACGGUGGAGGGCUGGCUGUGGGCGCACGCGCCCAAGUCGCGCCGCUCCGGCUUCAUCCCCACCGCCUACGCGCGCGCGCCGCACACCACCACGCUCUGACCUGCACCACACCACACCACACCGCCCAGUGCCUACAGACUGUAUAUGGUCGCAUAUAACUUAUAAAGCGAAUGCCUCAAACGAGGCACGCUACACAACAGGGUGCUCCAUGCAGCAAUUGCUUGGUGGAAACGCAGCCUUACUGUCUGCGCCGGUUUUGUGAAAAGGAUUUUGUUUUCCUAAAACAACAUACAUAGAAUUGAUAAAAAUUUGAAGCAGUCUGUAAAGAUUCUACUUGCGACUAAACCACAAAGCGUUAUUGGCCAUUAAAAACCUUAAUCUAAUAGCAUCAACAUUCCUGUAAAUUUUUGAUGGGACCAUAAGUUAAUAACUCUUAUAAUUUUUAUAUAAGUAUGUAAUGCAGUGCCUCCCACUUAACCUUUUAUACUAUAUAGCCAUGUGUCCAUGUAAAAUAUAUACAUACCUAAAUCGUCUUCCAAUAUAUUUUCAAAUUCGACGUGAACAUUAUUUUUAGCUAGUGUAAAAUAUCCGUCCAAAAUUGACUGAAUCUCAUAUUACGCUUCAUAUUUUAACUUUUUUUUAACAUAAUUGUAAGGGUUUAUGUAAUAUCAUUUUGAAAUAAAACAAUUAGAUAUGUAA